AAGCCUAAUUUCAACAGUGUUCGUUCCUGUCUACGUGAACCAGCCCAGGAUCUGACUAGUGUUUGCUGUCUCCUGUUUCUAGACAUCAUAAACUACGCGGUUUUCAAGGGGAGUUCACAUUUUAUAGCGGACAUUAAACCAAUGAGAGGGAUGAUUUCCAAGCUGCACUGUCGCCUGAGGAGUGCCACCCCGGCCCUGAGAAGAGCCGUCCACUCCGGGACGCGUCCCGCCUCCACCGCCGCCUCCAAACUGAAGGCGGACCUCCCCCUCACGGCGGAGGAGGUGUAUGCCAGGGAGGAGCGCUAUGGAGCUCACAACUACCACCCGCUCCCUGUAGCGCUGGAGAAAGGAGAAGGUCUGUAUGUGUGGGAUGUGGAUGGGAACCGAUACUUUGACUUCCUGAGUGCGUACAGCGCCGUAAACCAGGGUCACUGCCACCCCAAGAUCAUUGCCGCUCUGAACGCCCAGGCCUCCAAGCUGACGCUGACCUCCAGGGCCUUCUACAACGACGUGCUGGGGGCCUACGAGGAGUACAUCACCAGCCUGUUUGGCUACAACAAAGUCCUGCCAAUGAACACCGGUGUGGAGGGUGGCGAGACGGCCUGUAAGCUGGCCCGCAAGUGGGCCUACACUGUGAAGGGGGUUCCCAAGAACCAGGCCAAGAUCAUCUUCGCUAAUGGGAACUUCUGGGGACGUACGAUGGCAGCCAUCUCCAGCUCCACCGACCCCAGCAGCUACGAGGGUUUCGGGCCCUACAUGCCUGGCUUUGGGCUUGUCCCCUACAACGACAUCGCUGCUCUGGAGAACGCUCUCCAGGACCCUGACGUAGCGGCCUUCAUGGUGGAGCCCAUCCAGGGUGAAGCGGGUGUGGUGGUUCCCGAUCCAGGGUACCUCACCGCGGUCCGACAGCUGUGCACCAAGAACAACGUGCUCUUCAUUGCUGAUGAGGUUCAGACCGGGCUGUGCCGUACAGGCCGGCGGCUGGCUGUGGACCACGAGGGAGUGCGUCCUGACAUGGUGAUCCUGGGCAAGGCUCUGUCGGGUGGAGUUUACCCCGUGUCCGCGGUGCUGUGCGACGACGAGGUGAUGCUGACCAUCAAGCCCGGAGAGCACGGCUCAACGUACGGCGGGAACCCGUUGGCCUGCCGCGUCGCCAUGGCGUCGCUGGAGGUUCUCGAGGAGGAGAAGCUUGCGGAGAACGCAGAGAAGAUGGGCCAGUUACUCCGGGCUGAAUUGUUGAAGCUUCCUAAAGAUAUUGUCCCCAUCGUCAGGGGCAAGGGGCUCCUCAAUGCCAUUGUCAUCAAGGAGACUAAAGACUAUGACGCCUGGAGAGUGUGCAUGCGCCUGCGUGACAAUGGCCUGCUGGCCAAGCCCACACAUGGUGACAUCAUUCGACUGGCCCCUCCCCUAAUCAUCAAGGACCAUGAAGUCAGAGAGUGCGCUGACAUCAUCCAGAGAACCAUAAUGUCCUUCUAGAACCACCUUACAAGUUGUUCUGGAACACUGGAGCCUAUAUGGACCCGCCUUUCAAUCUUACUGAUCUUAAAAACGACUACCAUAACGUCUGCUGUGAAUGAUUGGAAAGUUUUACCUACUUUAAACAUUUACUAGUAAGUGUUAUUGAAUUAUAUUUUAGAAGUACUCAAGUGCAUUUAAUAUUAAUACUUUUUUGGAAUGUACAUGUGGGAGGCUUUUAAGAAAUGUUGUGAAGUUCUGCCAUUUAGUAAAUGGCAAAAUAAGUGUUAUCGCUUGAUUAGCUUGUCUUUUGAAGGGUUACACUGCUGCUCCAUAGCAACAUGGGGUGACAUUCUACCCGGCGCCGUUUUAAACUCUUCCAACGGAAGAGUCCUGAUUGGAUGGAUUUUUAUGGUCAAACUGUGUGGUUCUCACACUGAGGGAAGUGUUUUUUUUUUGAAAGACAAUGAAAGAUACAAUUUAUUUAAUUCUACAGAAUAAUUUAUUUCAUGUUUUGCAGCUGUAGCUAGUUGGUGAAAUUUGCUUGAUUCUUUGUUAUGCAUAGUGGGCAUGGGCAAAACCGAGAAAGAUAUUUCAGUAUUUCAAGGGGAACUACUUUAAUUGUUCUUUGAAGUUAUACAAAAAGAAAAGUAAAUGUUACAACUUAACUGCUGUAUGAAUGGUACUUUUGAUACUUGAAAGUAAUGAAGGUAUUCUAAUUGGACUGUCAUCUGCACGCUGAUUGACAGAAGGGCACUAAAGGCAGAAGUUGACCAGGGCCCUAAGGAGCAAGUGCACUAACUAGUGAACCUAGUGCCCUAGGAUAUAGGGUGCAUUUUGAAGUGCGUCCUGUGUUUUAUUUCUAGAGAGGAAUGUUAAACGGUCUGUUAACUGUUGCUGGUUGGUUGUAAUAGGGAUUCCGUUGCAAGAAAAUACUAUCAUUGAAGUUGUUACAUAACAUGUUCAUAGUAAUAAAUAGCUGAAGUCCUA